AGAACAAAUCCAAGGAAAUAGAGGGGAGGGGACGACUCCCCCACUUCCUUCCUUCCUUUCCCCUUCUCCCCCGUCAAUCUUUUCUGCUCGCUCGCAGGGAUGCGGCGGCUAUGGCGAUGGUACCAGCAGUCCCUGUCCUCCUACCCCGUGCGGACGCAGGUCGUCAGCUCCGGCAUCCUCUGGGCCCUCGGCGACAUCGGCGCCCAGGCCGUCACCCACAAAUCCGCCAGCUCCCACCACCACCACGCCAAGAACCCCGAGGAUAAAGAUAAAGAGUUCAAAAUUGAUUGGAAGAGGGUCGGCAUCACAAGUUCAUUUGGAUUUGCUUUUGUUGGACCUGUGGGACAUUACUGGUACGAAUACUUGGAUCGUAUGGUCCGACGAAGAUACCUGCCUGGUUCGUUCAAAUUUGUAGCCUCAAAGGUUGCAGCGGAUGGUCUCCUCUUUGGGCCGCUAGAUCUGGGGCUGUUCUUCUCUUAUGUGGGCCUUGCUUCAGGAAGGAGUCUGGAGCAGGUGAAGGAUGAUGUGAAGAGGGAUAUCAUUCCUGCUCUGGUUUUAGGGGGAGCCAUCUGGCCGGCUGUGCAGAUCGCAAACUUUCGCUUCAUUCCCGUGCGAUAUCAACUGCUGUACGUGAACUUGUUCUGCCUGUUAGACAGCUGUUUCUUGUCUUGGAUCGAGCAACAAGGAGACGCGGCUUGGAAGCAAUGGUUCACAUCGUUCCAGAAGAAAAUCGAAGACCAGAAGAGCAACGCUUGAUCUGAAUCAUGAUUGAAGAAGACGCUUGACCAGAAGUUAGCUUCCGUCAUUUUCACUGAUAUAUCCAGGGAGUAUAUCACUUGCUGCCAGCGGCUGUUUAUGUGGAGUUCUGGUGGCCAGCAAUACUGGGCGUCACUGUCAUGUGGAGAUUGAUCUUUGUUUUUUCCACAACUUUAAUGAGAUGAGAAGGCAAUGCUCUCGUUUAGCUUUUUGUUUCGUAACCGAGCAUUUGUUCAUGCUGUUUGUUUAACCUGCAGAGCGCGUAUUUUUAACGAGUAUUCACUGUAUUCCUGGUGUUGUCGGAACAUGAUCUUCAUAAAUCUGGAAUGAUGCUGAAAACUUUCUAGUC